UAUUCUUCGACACUUCCAAAGCUCAACUACCCUGAACAACUCAACAUAAAAACACAACAUCAUUGUUUCCAUCGACACAAUUCCAAGGUUUUUUGUUCUACUUCUCCGUCCUCUACCCUUAUUCUAAUACACACUUUUGCCUCUUCACUUGGAACCCUCUCAUUUCUCUCUCUCUCUCUCUCUCCACAUUGAUCCCCUUUGUUGCAAAAGAUUAAGGCAUUCUACUCUCAGAUUACAUUCAUUCGAAAUGGCAACAACAACAGUUUCUAAUAUUUCGAUGGCAAUGUCAAGACCUAGGAUCAGCUCAUCACAAAAGUUUUCAAAUUUAGGUCCUGCAGUUCUUGGAGGAAGAAUUAAGGUUGGCUCAUGUGAUAAACUUGGAAGUGUUUGUCAUGUUGCAUCCGUGAAACCCUUCCAGAAGGCGUCAACAUCGUGUAGCUUAAAAUUUGACAAAAUUGUAACAAAGGCGAUGUCUGAGUCUAGUUCAGACAAGCAAGUUACAGGAUUGCCAAUUGAUUUGAGAGGUAAAAGGGCAUUCAUUGCUGGUGUGGCUGAUGACAAUGGAUAUGGUUGGGCAAUAGCAAAAUCUCUUGCAGAAGCAGGAGCUGAAAUUCUUGUCGGCACAUGGGUACCUGCUCUAAACAUAUUUGAGUCCAGUUUACGGCGUGGAAAAUUUGACGAAUCACGCAAGUUACAAGAUGGUUCAUUGAUGAAGAUUACGAAAGUGUAUCCCUUGGAUGCAGUCUAUGACAGUCCCGAAGAUGUCCCAGAAGAUGUAAAAGCUAAUAAGCGCUAUGCCGGAGCCUCAAAUUGGACUGUCCAGGAAGUUGUUGAAUCUGUCAAGAACGAUUUCGGCACUAUUGACAUACUCGUGCACUCACUUGCUAAUGGACCCGAGGUCAGCAAACUAUUGUCUGAGACAUCUCGGAAAGGAUAUCUAGCUGCCAUAUCGGCAUCUAGUUACUCUUAUAUUUCUUUGCUAAAACACUUUCUUCCAAUCAUGAACCAAGGUGGAUCUUCGCUCUCUCUAACAUACAUUGCUUCAGAGAGGAUUAUUCCCGGAUAUGGUGGGGGUAUGAGUUCUGCUAAAGCUGCUUUGGAAAGUGAUACAAGAGUGCUUGCUUUUGAAGCUGGUAGAAAGAAAAGAAUCAGAGUCAAUACUAUAUCUGCAGGUCCACUCGGAAGCCGUGCUGCGAAAGCAAUUGGUUUCAUUGACAUGAUGAUCGAUUAUUCAUUUACCAAUGCACCACUACAGAAAGAAUUACAUGCAGAGGAGGUAGGCAACACUGCCGCUUUCUUGGCAUCGCCUUUAGCAUCUGCGAUCACAGGCUCUGUUAUAUAUGUCGAUAACGGACUAAAUGCAAUGGGAGUUGGAGUUGACAGUCCAGUGUUUAAAGACCUUGACCUUCCAAAAGACCAGCUUUGAAACCGAAAUUGGACUGAUUUGUUUUUCUUCCAUUUCAAAUCCUAAUCCUUCUACUCAACUAAGACUAUGCAGCAUAGGAUGGCGAAAAAACGAUUAAGAGUUAGUUUUUACAAUUUGAUAAAUUAGAAAAUGGUUGUUUGAACUUCAUAAUCAUUGAUUUUUCAUCAAGUGUGAUCUACUUUGCAUUGUCCUCUACAAAAUGUAUGAUAUAGUUUCGAGAGUCCUAUCUUUUGAAUGGGCAUGCAAAUGUCCUCGCGGCUAUGAAUGGACUAAUUUGAUUAACAUUUAAGACUUUUAUGUUAUUUUUCAUUUUUCUU